CAUCGAUACCCCGCCCCACGUCCCCACCUCACGCAGUCACGCCUUCCGCCCCUCUCCUCUCCGAUCUCGAACGCGGAUAGUAGACGCCGAGCCAAACUGCACCAGAAAUCCGCUGCUGCUGCGCCCCCUCCCCCUCCCCCCGUCUCAUAAAUAAAUGCAUCGCGAUCCACGAGGGAGGCGAGGUGAGUGAGCGAGGACUGCACCCAACCCCCCCUGCCCGCCUCUCUUUGAUCCGCACUGCACCCCCCCCUCCCCAAAUCUCCAUUGCCGUCGGCCUCGCCCCCCGUUUCCGCCCGCCCAUGAGGAUCCGGCGAAGGCCGCAGGCGCAGCAGCAGCAGGCGCUGCCGCCCUGCCCGCUGCCGCUGCAGCCCUCAGAUCCGUUCACCGCGCCCCACCCACCGCCACCGCCGAACGCGGAGGAGCAACGCUCGGGGGACGAGGCCGAGCAGGGGAAGAAGAGGAGGAUCCAGUCGGAGGUGGAGUUGCACCCGCACCCGCUCCGCCCGGACGCGGAUCCCGGCCCGCCCGCAUUGCCGUCAGGGCCGCAGGGCGGCAUCGUGGUGGUGGCGGGACGCAUCAGCAGCGGCGACGACGACGACGGCCCGCCUGUUCACGAUCACGGCCACGGCGGCGGUGCGCAACGUCAAGGGGCAGCUGCCGCAGAUGGCCGCACCCGCACACACGAGAGCCUGGAGAAUGGACACCGCAACGUGCCUGAGCGGCCGGUGAUCGGUGCCGGAGAACGUCUCGUCGUCCCGACAAUGCCAGUGCUGCCAGUGGACGUCAAGGAAGGGAUCAAGAUUGGCGGCGGCGGCGCCAAGAAGAGGCGGCGCGGCCCGCCGGUGCUGAUGGAAGGGUCGCGGUGCAGCCGCGUCAACGGGCGCGGGUGGCGCUGCAGCCAGCCCACGCUGGUCGGCUACUCCCUCUGCGAGCACCACCUCGGCAAGGGCCGCGGGCAGCGGAGCGCGAGCCGCGCCGAGCCCGGCAGGAGCUGGACGAACGGCGCGGCCACGCUCGGCCGCACCGAGCCCAGCAUCAGGAAGAAGGCCGCGCAGCCGUCCGUUCCCGUGGUCACCAACGGCCGCGCGGGCGCGCCCAAGCUCGGCCACACCGAGCCGACCAGCAGCAGGAAGAACGUCGACGCGCUGGCCGUGGUCGCCGCCGUGGCGCACGACGCCAGGGACCUGCCGAGCCUGCGCGCCGCACCUCUAGCGGCGGAAGUCGAUUGAUUGAUCAAUCGGCUGGUCUAUCAUGGAACAGUAGAAAGUAUAAGAAUUUUUUGAUUCUGUUAGAAGGGUUGUGCAUUGUGCAUAUCUUGCAGUUCAUGGUGACUAGCUUCUCUGGUUGUGAGUUUCUCCUUGGUCUUUGUGAUCAUGCAGAUCUUUCGUCGUGUAAUUAAUAGGAUUGCAGAUAAUUAGUGAUCACACA